AUGGCCAGUGGGAAGGGAUUUCUUAUAUCUAAUGGGUUAUGGGCUGGUGUGAUUAGAAAUGGGUUAUGGGCUGAAAACGAGCCGUUGUGUAAUGAUAAUAAUACACAAGCAUCGCUAUUGCAAUCGAAUAUUUUGAUUGAUAAUGCUCAAUCAUCAUUACAAUCAGUUGUUGGUUCACCUGCAUUAACACCAGUUAAUCCCAUAGUGAACGUGGUCGGUAUUGAACGAUUGUACGGUGGAUUUAUGAUGUGCUCUCCGAGGAAACCUAUUAACAUGUCUACCAAUGUUAAUGUUCAUCCAACUCCAUUCGAAGAUAAUUAUGUGACCACUAGAGGAACACUAUUAAGUGCAACCACAAAUGUUGCAAGCAACCCAAAUUCAUAUGCAUUGAACGUUGAAAUUCCACCUGUCACGCCUUUAUCUGUCAUCACAGAUGUUAAUAUGCGUGACAUAUCUUCACCGUUCACUCAAUGUUCAUUUAACAUUUCAAAUAUGUCAACUUCAACAUCUUCAUCACGCCAACCAUUAGCUGAUGUAUCAAAUGUGGAAAGAGCAUUGGAUCCUCAUUGUAAUCGCGCUUUGUUGUCAACUGUGAGAAAUUCCAGUAAGGUGUCAUCAAGAACAGAUGUCAGGAAUUUAAACUCGGAUUACGAACAAGUUACAUAUCACAAUAAUGCAUAUGGUGGUAGAGUGGAUAGGUCAAUCAACACUGGUAACGCACCUCCGGUAUUUAGAAUUAGUGGUCAAAAUUAUCACUGCAUUGGAAGUUUAGUUCUAGGAGAAGGGUCUACCCCAAAAUUUGCGCAACUAUAUAUUUAUGACACAGAUAAUGAGGUUAACAAUCGCAUCAAUUCUGUCAGACGAGAUAAUAACUCAGGUGAUAUCCGCGAAGAUAUUGUGGAAAAAUUAAAAAACAUGUUGGACCAAAAUAAUGUUUUGGUCAAAUGUUUCAGAAUGGCAAGAACCGAGAUCCAAUCUAACCCAAUUGUUGAGGUUAAGAUGAAUUUAAUUGGCAGGAGAAGCCAAGAUGGAAGGACAUAUAAUUUACCAACCGCUAAUGAGGUAGCUGCACUUAUUGUCAGGGAUCUGGACCCAUCAAUGGGUGAUCUAGACAUAUUGAUACAAAGCAGGACUGGGCAGUUGAAGAGAAUAAACCAAUUAAACCCUGCGUAUCUGCCGCUACAGUAUCCUUUGUUGUUCCCAUACGGUGAAGAUGGUUACCGUGAAGAUAUUUCAUUCUCUGAUGCAUGGCACCAACGACAUCAUGGUGGUAGGAAAAGAAUUAGUCCUAAAGAGUAUUUCUCAUUCUAUAUACAUGAGAGAGUAAAUGAAAACCAUACAUUAUUGUAUUCUAGGAGGUUAUUUCAACAAUACUUGGUUGAUGCAUAUACAAUGAUUGAAUCCGCAAGAUUGAUCUACAUUAGAACUCAUCAGAAGGCUUUGCGUUGUGAAGCUUAUCAAGGAUUGAGCGAUGCAUUAACAAGGGGAGAAUUAGACCCUACCAGUCGGGGUAAAAGAAUUAUACUACCAUCAUCAUUCACAGGUGGAGCCAGGUAUAUGAUUCAGAAAUAUCAAGAUGCAAUGGCAAUAUGCAGACAAAUCGGUUAUCCACAUUUGUUCAUAACAUUCACUUGCAACCCGAAGUGGCCUGAGAUUGAGCGGUAUGUUGUCCAUCGUGGCCUUAAACCAGAGGAUAGACCCGAUAUUAUUUGUCGCGUGUUUAAAAUGAAACUUGAUGCUAUGAUUGAAGACAUAAAAACACAAAAGCUGUUUGGCGACAUAUGUGGAGUUAUCUACACUAUUGAAUUCCAAAAGAGAGGACUUCCCCACGCACACAUAUUGCUAUUUGCCAAAACAAUAAACAGGGUUAAUUCCGCAGCCGAGAUUGAUGCUAUUAUUUCAGCUGAAAUUCCUGACCCAGAUGCUGACACUGAGUACCAUGACGUAGUCGGCGAAUUCAUGUUGCACGGACCGUGCGGACAACUUCGGAAGAAUUCGCCCUGUAUGAUAAAUGGUAAAUGUUCAAAGUUUUUUCCAAAAAAAUAUGUUAGUCAUACGUGUUUGGAUAAAGAUGGCUAUCCGAUCUACAGGAGGCGUGAUAAUGGAAGUAUAAUCGCUAGGAAUGGAAUCGAACUUGAUAAUCGUUAUGUUGUUGCGCAUAAUAAAUAUUUGCUCCUAAAAUAUCGCGCACAUAUUAACGUUGAAUGGUGCAACCAAUCCAGAUCUAUUAAAUAUUUGUUCAAAUACGUGAACAAGGGAAACGAUAGGGUCACGGCAGAGUUCAUGAGUAGUUCUACAAAUGGACGCAAUGAUGAUGUGGUUGAUGAAAUUAACAUGUACUAUGAUUGUCGGUACAUAUCAGCAGAUGAAAUUAACAUGUACUAUGAUUGUCGGUACAUAUCAGCAUGUGAAGCAACGUGGAGGCUUUUUGGGUAUGCGAUACAUUAUCGGACGCCACCGUGGAGGCUUUUUGGGUAUGCGAUACAUUAUCGGACGCCACCUGUGGAAAGGUUAAAUUUUCACUUAGAGCACCAACAGAAUGUUGUCUAUGGUGAAGAUCAGACACUCGAUGAGAUUGUGGAUAACCAAACAGUUAAGCAGAGCCAAUUCACAGCUUGGUUUGAGGCAAAUAAGAAAUACGAAGAUGCACGUUCUCUCACUUAUGCAGAGUUCCCAAGUAACGAAGAUGCACGUUCUCUCACUUAUGCAGAGUUCCCAAGUAAGUUUGUUUGGAAACAAGACACUUAUGCAGAGUUCCCAAGUAAGUUUGUUUGGAAACAAGAUCUUUAUGCAGAGUUCCCAAGUAAGUUUGUUUGGAAACAAGAUCUGCGUGAAUGGAAACCAAGAAAGAGAGGAUUUUCCAUAGGACGAUUGUUCUAUGUUCCGCCAGGUUGUGGAGAAUUAUACUAUCUAAGAUGCCUUUUAAAUCUAAUAAGUGGACCUUCAAACCACGAUGAUAUACGCACUAUUGCUGGAGUCAUUCACAAAUCAUAUAGAGAUGCAUGUUAUGAAUAUGGUUUAUUAGAUGAUGACAAGGAGUACAUCGACGGCAUAACUGAUUCAAGCUACUGGGCUUCUGCGUCUGCUUUAAGACGAUUGUUUGCUACGCUUCUGAGUUCAAGUACAAUCAGUAGGCCAGAGGUCGUAUGGGAUGCUGUUUGGGAAUUUCUUGCAGAAGAUGCACAGUUUCAUCAUCGUCGUCGCAUGAACAAUCCAGAUUCCGAUAAGAAACAGUUUGCUCUUGUGGAGUUGGAGAAAUUGUUAACUUUGUGGGGGAAGAGUCUGAGAGACUUUCCAGAUAUGCCACUUCCAGAUGAAACCAAUAUCGGGUUUAUGGAAAACAUGUUGAUAGCUGAAGAGUUGGCGUAUGAUAAGGAAUCGUUGAAGAUAGAGCAUAAAACAUUAUUAACACAAUUGACGGAUGAGCAAAAGAAUGUUUAUGACUCUGUGAUAAAUGAUAUUGAUUGUAAUGGAGGUGGACUCUUCUUUGUGUAUGGUUACGGAGGAACAGGGAAGACAUUCGUGUGGAGGACCUUAUCCUCAAUGAUAAGGAGCCGCGGAGAUAUUGUUCUAAAUGUUGCUUCAAGUGGAAUAGCAUCUUUAUUAUUACCGGGAGGAAGGACAUCGCAUUCUAGAUUUGCUAUACCACUCUCAUUGAAUGAAGAUUCCACGUGCAAUAUAUCGCAAGUUAUUCCCAAAGCAACGAGACCAGUAGUUGUCGGAGCAACUAUUAAUUCUUCAUACCUCUGGACAAAUUGCAAGGUAUUGAGGCUAACGAAGAACUUGAGACUACGAAGCUUAGCUUCAGAGGAAGAUAGGCAGACGGUUGAUUGGUUUUCAAAAUGGAUUGCAAACAUAGGAGAUGGUAUAACAGGGGUUGUAAACAAUGGGUUGUCUGAGAUUGAUAUUCCGCCAAGGUUUCUGUUAAACUGUGGACAUGAUCCCAUAGCAACUAUAGUAGGAAAGCACAUUCCCAAGCGCGAGAUAUGGCAUGAUUGA